AUGCAAGGGUCCUCAACUGGCCAGCCACAAGGGCAUGUAAAAAGGAAAGUCAAAUCUGGCUGCAAAACUUGCAAAGCUCGCCAUGUCAAGUGCGAUGAAAGUCGCCCCGCUUGCCGUCGCUGCGUCUCCACAGGGCGUGUGUGCAAUGGUUACGGCAUUUGGGGUGGCGGCGACCACCACCCUCAAAUCCCAGCAAGCCAACCCUUGUCGAUCCACCGCGCACCCGUCCCUGCCGUCAACCUAAAUCCUGACGAGCAGAUGUCUUUCGACUGGUUCGUAGAGAAGACAACCAAGGAGUUUGCCGGCAUCUUCACAUCCGACUUUUGGGAGACUCUAGUGCUUCAGGCAAGUGCACAGGAGCCCGCGGUGCGGCACGCUGUUGUCGCCCUGUCAGCUGCACAUAGAAGUGACUCUGGCCAUGGCCCGAGGGCCCUUGCAUCCCCACGUGGAAACAGCGCCGAGGAGUUUAUGCUUAAACAGUACAAUAAGGCCAUCCAUCAUCUAAGGUCUAGCCCAACAACUAAUAACACAUCCAACCUCCGUGUGACUUUAAUCACAUGUAUGAUAUUCGUGACUCUGGAAUAUCUACGAGGUCAAUAUACUUCAGGGAACUCUCACCUCCGCUAUGGCAUCCAGCUACUUUCGGGACUUUCUACGCCCGUGCCGACACAAAGUCCACAAUCGAUAAUUCCACCAAAUUCCGCCAACACAGCGCCUGACUUCGCACACAAGGCUUUGGUUGAUUCCUUUGCCCGUCUUACCAUCCAGUCCGCGAUGUUUGGUAUAUUUCCGUCUCACAUGUGUAUCAUGACACAUGACCAGGAACCGAAGACGCCCCCGUCAUAUUUCCCAUCCAUAAUUGAAGCGCGACAAACACUCGACCAUCUCUUGCACAAAGUGAAAUGUCUGAAAGAAGACUAUCAGAAUGCCAGUGAGUCGGGAGGACCAAUAGAUCACGCAGCAGCGUUUGCAGCACAAACCCAUAUCCAGAAAGACCUCACUCUAUGGCGUCAAGCUUAUGAGACGACACGUGCCUCCUGGAAAACUAGCAAAGUCUGUCGCGAGCUUGCCGGUUGGACACUUUUGCGAAUAUAUCACGAAAUGGCAUCCGUCAUGGCGGCUGUGAGUCUCUCGGAAAGCGAGAUGGCUUUUGAUGCAUUCACGGAUAAUUUCGCCGCGAUAAUCACAGGAGUGUCAGAGCUAUCAGAGAUUUGGUCACUUCCGGAUGAACGCGAAGAUACCACGAUAGAAACUCAAUGUUCGGGUUCUGGUAAUAGUGGGUUCACAAUUGAGUUGGGCCACAUACCUCCCGUCUAUUACACAGCGAUGAAGUGCCGCAUUCCUCAGAUCCGACGCCAAGCAAUCCUGGCUCUGCGAUCAGCAUCACACAGAGAGGGUGUUUGGAAUGGGCCACUCUUAGCAAGUGUGAUGGAAGAAGUUGUCCAUAUCGAAGACGGAGGAUCCAACGCGGUCCAUUCAAACUUUGACGCUGGUACCCAGAUCACGGAAACCAACACUGGUAAUUCAUAUAAGCCUUACGUGGAGGAGGCCUCCCGAAUAGCGGACGUGAAAGUCCUGCUCCCGGACUCGACGGGCGCACACAUGGAGGUUUGGAUCAGUUAUAAAAAGAUGAUGUCCGAUGGGCGGUCGGCAAUAUUAAAACGGAAGAUUGGAUACGGGCCUACAACUUGA